CUAGUCCCAAGAGUCAAGGGCCUCAAGGCAACAUUGAACUCUCUGAGUCUGGCAAGUAACUAGACAACUAGGCAGGGCCGGAUAACGUUAUUACCUGCACUGCUAGCGUCGGACCCAUGGAGCCACAUGGAACAUUUGAACAUUUUAAGUUAUGUACCUGUGAGUAUGUACCAUGUAGCGAGAUCGCGUACACUAGUACUGCUACAUAGUAUGUGUAGGCGAAAGACCCUGAAAAAAAGAACUAGAAUACGAAAACGAGGCGAAUGAUACAUAAUAAACCCGCCCGCCAUCCAUGUUUUCGACCAUUUCCCUCUUCGUUUCAGCCCUUUUGUAUUAAAGGUUGUAAGUUGUUGGUUGAUAAGAGCUGAUAUUCUUUUUUCAAUUAGGGGGACUCUGUUUUAUAGCUGGAGCUCUUAUCUCACUCAUACCUCACUCAUAUAACAGCUACUUCUCUUCCCUCGUACCCUUUAUUUAAGAGACUAAUAUCAUAUCCUCAUUCCCUCAUCUCAUACUCAUAAACGCCACCAUAGUCAUUUACAAACCGGAUAGGAUAUUUGAAGUAUAAUAACACAAAAUAUCAUACCCUCUGGAGCUACAUAGUAAGUAGCCCGGGAUUCAAAGGUGGUAGCUCCGCCCUGUCCAUCUUGAUAUGGUAUUUAUGGGCGCUGCUUUCACCAACAACGAUCUCACUGCACAAACAUUUGGUGCUCCGUCGCAAAUGGCUUCCACACACAGCGAUGGCCCUGGAGGGGAGAAGAGUAUUCGGGAGACUGGGACGGAGAAGGCCCCAACGACUGGGUCCAGUAAUGAUACCCAGGUGGAGGAUGAUUCCGAGCUGGAGCGCCGCGAAUCAUUGGUACAUGAGCUCGCCCGCAGAUACACCACUCAGUCUAACGCCACUGGAGCCGCUGGCCACAACCCUUACCUGGAUGCUGCCGAAGAUUCGCCCAUAAAUCCUCAUUCGUCACAUUUCAACGCUCGUGCGUGGGCCAAGUCUAUUGUUCGCAUGGCCGACCGCGAGGGUACGGAUUUCCGAACCGCUGGAGUCUGUUUCCAAAACCUGAACGUCCACGGUUUCGGAGCUGCUACGGAUUACCAGAAAGAUGUCGGAAACGUCUGGCUAGAGGGCCUCGGCUGGGCUCGCAAGGCUAUGGGCGUCGGCCAGAGAAAGAUUGACAUCCUGCGCAACUUUGACGGCGUGGUGCAGAAAGGCGAGAUGUUGGUCGUCUUGGGACCUCCUGGAUCUGGUUGCUCCACCUUCCUUAAGACUAUUGCUGGCGAGACCUCGGGUAUCUAUAUCGACGACAAGUCGUAUUUCAACUAUCAAGGUGUGACCUCUGACGAGAUGCACACCCAUCACCGCGGAGAGGCCAUCUACACGGCUGAGGUUGACGUCCAUUUCCCCAUGUUGACUGUUGGGGAUACACUCACCUUCGCAGCGCAAGCUCGUGCACCGCGACACCUUCCUCCCGGAGUCGACAAGAGGACUUAUUCCGACCAUCUCAGAGACGUCACGAUGGCCAUGUUUGGUAUCUCUCACACCGUGAACACCAGAGUUGGUAACGACUAUGUGCGUGGUGUGUCAGGAGGUGAACGCAAGCGUGUCACCAUUUCGGAGGCAGCCCUGAGUCGUGCCCCCCUCCAGUGCUGGGACAACAGUACCAGAGGUUUGGACAGUGCCAACGCUGUGGAAUUCUGCAAGACUCUUCGAACUCAGACCGAGCUGUUCGGAACGACCGCCUGUGUUUCCAUCUACCAGGCACCUCAGACAGCAUAUGACUUUUUCGACAAGGCUCUCGUCCUAUACGAAGGUCGUCAAAUCUUCUUUGGCAGAGCCAAUGAGGCUAAGCAAUAUUUCGUCAACCUUGGCUUCGAGUGCCCUGCCCGCCAGACCACCCCCGACUUCUUGACCUCCAUGACGAGCUCGAUCGAACGAGUUAUCCGGCCUGGAUUCGAAGGCAAGACUCCGCGAACGCCAGACGAAUUCGCCACUGCCUGGAAGAACAGUACCGAGUACAGGGCCCUCCAAGCUGAAAUCGAGGAGUAUAAGACGGAACACCCGCUCAACGGCCCCGACGCCGAGGUAUUCCGCGCCUUGAGGCGACAGCAACAAGCCAAGUCUCAACGGCCCAAGUCCCCCUACACCCUGUCUUACGGCCAGCAGAUUAUGUUGUGCCUCUGGCGUGGUUGGCAACGCCUGACGGGUGAUCCUAGCUUGACCAUCGGUCAACUCGCUGGCAACUUCAUCAUGUCUCUCAUCAUUGGCAGUGUGUUCUAUAACCUCCAAGAAAACACUUCCAGCUUCUUCCAGCGCGGUGCUCUACUCUUCUUUGCCUGUCUCAUGAACGCCUUUUCCAGUGCCUUGGAGAUUCUAACCCUCUACAACCAACGACCUAUCGUGGAGAAGCACAGCCGUUAUGCCCUCUAUCACCCGUCCGCGGAGGCUGUCGCUUCUAUGCUGUGUGAUCUUCCGUACAAGAUUGCCAACGCCAUCAUAUUCAACCUUAGCAUGUACUUUAUGACCAACUUACGACGUGAACCGGGAGCAUUUUUCUUUUUCCUGCUCAUGGCGUUCUUCACAGUCAUGACCAUGAGUAUGAUCUUCCGUACUAUCGGUUCUGCCUCCCGAACUCUCUCGCAGGCCAUGGUGCCCACUGCAAUGCUGAUUCUCGACCUUGUCAUCUUCACCGGUUUCGUCAUCCCCAUCGACUACAUGUUGGGCUGGUGCCGCUGGUUGAAUUAUCUGGAUCCCCUGGCCUAUGCGUUCGAGUCCCUCAUGGUGAACGAGUUCCACGAUCGCGAGUUCCAAUGCAACGCAUUUGUGCCCAGCGAUGCUGUCCCUGGCUAUGGCGGCAAUGGCGACGCCCAUCGUGCCUGCAGCUCUCCUGGCAGUGUAGCGGGAAGCCCCAUGGUUAACGGUGAUGCGUACAUUAACUCAGCUUUCCGAUACUACAACGAUCACAAGUGGCGCAACUUGGGUAUCCUCAUCGCCUUCAUGCUUUUCUUCCUCUUCACCUACAUGGUCGCCGCCGAACUCGUAUCCGAGAAGAAGUCGAAGGGCGAGGUCUUGGUUUUCCGACGUGGCUACAAGCCUGCCCAAUUCAAGGAGAAGAAGGGUGACGCCGAGGAAGGCGAAGCACCCCGUGUUGGUCCUACUGUAACUAAUGCUAGCCGUGCCAAUGGUAACGGCAAGGAAGCCGGCUUCAUCGAACAACAGACUAGUGUCUUCCACUGGAACAACGUUAGCUACGACAUCAAGAUUAAGGGCGAACCGAGGCGCAUUCUUGACAACGUUGACGGCUGGGUCAAACCUGGAACCUUGACUGCCCUGAUGGGUGUCUCUGGUGCUGGAAAGACAACAUUGCUUGAUACCCUGGCUGAUCGAAUUACUAUGGGCGUUAUUACGGGCGAAAUGUUGGUUGACGGUCAUCUACGCGACAACUCGUUCCAAAGGAAGACCGGUUACGUUCAACAGCAGGAUCUCCACUUGUCGACAACUACCGUUCGCGAAGCUCUUACCUUCUCUGCCCUCCUUCGUCAACCCGCUACCGUCCCCCGUGAAGAGAAGCUCGCUUAUGUCGAUGAGGUUAUCAAGCUCCUGGACAUGGAAGAGUACGCCGAUGCAGUGGUCGGUGUUCUUGGUGAAGGCCUGAACGUUGAACAGCGAAAGCGUCUUACCAUCGGUGUGGAACUUGCUGCUAAGCCCCCGCUAUUGCUUUUCGUCGACGAGCCUACCUCCGGUCUUGAUUCCCAGACAUCUUGGGCUAUCCUGGACCUCCUCGAGAAACUCACCAAGAGCGGACAGGCCAUUCUCUGCACUAUCCACCAGCCCUCUGCCAUGUUGUUUCAACGGUUUGAUCGCCUACUCUUCUUAGCUAAGGGUGGCAGGACUGUCUACUUCGGCGACAUUGGGGAGAACUCCAAGACAUUGACUAACUACUUCGAACGUAACGGUGCCCCUGCCUGUCCCACUGAGGCUAACCCUGCCGAAUGGAUGUUGGAUGCUAUCGGUGCCGCGCCUGGGUCUAGCACUGAUGUCGACUGGUUCCAGACAUGGCGUGACAGCCCCGAAUACCAAGACGUGCAAAAUGAGCUGCAAAGACUGAAGGAUACCGCCCCCCAGACCCGUACUAUUGCCGAAGACCCAGAAUCUUACCGUGAGCACGCCGCCGACUUCUCUACCCAGAUGCGCGAGGUCACGCAUCGUGUAUUCCAGCAAUAUUGGCGUACUCCGUCGUACAUCUACUCCAAGGCUGUUCUAUGUAUCCUCAUCGCGCUCUUCAUCGGUUUCGUAUUCUUCAAGGCUCCCAACACGAUCCAGGGAUUACAGAACCAGAUGUUUGCCGUCUUUAACCUGUUAACUAUUUUUGGCCAGCUUGUGCAGCAGACGAUGCCGCAUUUCGUUGUCCAGCGAUCGCUUUAUGAGGUGCGCGAACGACCGUCCAAGGCAUACGGAUGGAAGGUCUUCAUGUUAUCUCAGAUCAUUGUCGAGCUGCCCUGGAAUACGCUCAUGGCCGUUUUCAUGUUCUUCUGCUGGUACUAUCCCGUGGGUCUUUACCAGAACGCUGCGGACGCCGGCCAGACCACGGAGCGUGGUGCGCUGAUGUUCCUGCUUCUGUGGGCCUUCCUGAUAUUCACCUCGACGUUUACCGACAUGAUCAUCGCCGCAUUCGAGACAGCCGAGGCUGGUGGUAACGUGGCCAACAUGCUCUUCAUGCUCUGCCUCAUCUUCUGCGGUGUCCUCGCCAAUCCCAGCUCCCUGCCUAGAUUCUGGAUUUUCAUGUAUCGCGUCAGUCCCUUCUCCUAUCUCGUCUCGGCCAUGCUUUCCACGGCCCUCGCCAAUACCAAGGUGCAAUGCGCCUCCAACGAAUUCGUGCACUUCGAUCCUCCGAGCGGCCAAACCUGUGCCGAAUACCUGGGCAACUACACACUGGCAACAGGCGGCUACAUCGAGGCGGGCACCGAGCUACGGACGUCAGACUGCUCCUACUGCACUAUUCUCGAGACCAACACAUUCCUGGCGCAGUCUGGAGUAGACUAUGCUGACCGAUGGCGCAACUUCGGACUCCUGUGGGUCUACAUCGUCUUCAACGUCUUCGGCGCCCUGUUCCUAUACUGGCUCACGCGCGUGCCCAAGGGCAAGAAGAAGGAGGAGAAGACCAAGAAGGAGUAAAAGAACAAAACAGUAAAAAGACAAAAAAACUACAAUAACAAGAAAUUUACUGAAGACGAUGAGAUGAGUUUAGGUUAGGUUUAUAGGUGGUAAAACCU